GAAAAGCAAAGUUGGAGAAAAAAAAUUUCCUUUAAAAAAAAAAGAAAAGCCGGUCUCCUUCAUCUUCCCGUCCGUAAACCCUAACUGACUUAUACUCAUCAAUCGUCCUCCUCGAUUGCUCCUCCCCUGAUUCCGAUCCACUCCGAGGCCUCAUGGCGGCGACCGAUUCUCGUCGCCUUGCAGACCUAGAUGUCGACGAGCUGGACCGCCUCCUCCCGUUGAUCAAGGUCACCCCCUUCGCCGCGCACCGCACUUCUGCCCCCAGAGGAUGUGGUUGUCCUUGUGCGGCGCCGAGGCGGAUGGAGGAGUCUCAGGCCUCGUCGGAGAGGACUCCAAAUCCCCCCCACAAUCGCUCAGUCGCCUUUGGACAAUUCCAAGAAAGACUCCGAGAAAGCUUUACGCAGUAAGUACAUGAUUUUAUCAUACAAGAAAAGAAAAGCAAGCAAAUAAUAAAGCCAAUAAUUGUGGGAAGUUAAUUUACUCACUUAUGGGGGUGGCAUGUAUUACCCGACCCAUCAUUAAUAAAAUGGUUAUAAGGUAGAGUAUAUCUACCUUCCAGCAUAAAAAAAAACUUAUGGGGGUGCCAUUGUACAAAGAAUGAGAUAUGGGGUAGAAGAAUUACGAUUGUUUGUCUGUUUUUUUUUCUGUAAACAAAUGUAGUCUGCUUCCUAGAUUGCUUUGCUGGACUCGUCAUCUUGCCGGCAGAGCAAGAACAACUUGUGGUGCUCAAAGCCAUCCUUGAUUCCUUCUCCGAGGCCACUGGGCUAAAAAUUAAUUUUCACAAGAGCACCUUCCUCCCUAUCAAUGUCCUGCAUGAUGAGGCGGUUCGGCUGGCUGGGACUCUCGGUUGCCCGAUAGCUUCCUUCCCCCAACCUUAUUUAGGCCUCCCUCUCUCUGUUACCAAGCUAUGCCUCGCGGACUUCCAACCGCUCAUCGCUAGGAUUGACGAACGUCUUGCCGGUUGGCGCGGUCACCUUCUGUCUUCUGAUGGACGGCUCACUCUCAUCAAUUCGGUGCUCUCCGCCCUCCCUUCCUAUAUGAUGGGAGCCAUCCUUCUCCCUAAGGGUGUGUUGCCGCCAUUGACAAAUGCCGAAGAGCUUUCUUCUGGACAGGGGAUGAACACUGCCAUGGUGACAACUGCAAAAUUGCGUGGGACAUUGUUUGUUCUCCGAAGGAAAAAAGGUGGUGCUGGGAUAAAAAAUCUUGAAGUCCAGAACAAUGACGAGGAUUCUGCGUCGUGGAUUGACUGUUUUCAAACUGAACGGGUCUAUAGUGCUUUCUCAGGUGACAAAAUCGAAGGGCCUAAUGAAACCUUUAUAGUUAACUGUUGGGCCUGUAGCCCAUCUACAGUAAUUUAUCUCAGACUACAAACCUUUCCAAGUUGGAGAUUUUUUUUUAAAAAAAGGAGAAAAGCAAAAGUUGAAGAAAAAAAAUUUCCUUAAAAAAAAAAAGAAUAGCCGGUCUCCUUCGUCUUCCCGACCGUAAACAUCGAGAUUCUAGAGAGACGAGGCGCGGGACCAGUGAAACCCUAACCGAGCUACUCAUCUCUCGUCCUCCUCGAUUGCUCCUCCACCCGAUUCCGAUCCACUCCGAGGCCUCAUGGCGGCGACCGAUUCUCGUCGCCUCGCAGACCUAGAUGACGACGAGCUAGACCGCCUCCUCCCGUUGAUCAAGGUCACCCACUUCGCCGCGCACCGCACUUCCGCCCCCGGAGGAUGUGGCUGUCCUUGUGCGGCGACGAGGCGGAUGGAAGAGGGUCAGGCCUCAUCGGAGAGGACUCCAAAUCCCCCCACAGUCGCUCAGUCGUCGUUGGACAAUUCCAAGAAAGAUUCAGAGAAAGCUUUACGGAAACGCAGUAUAAAGAUGGCAAUGAAGAUUAUCAAUUACUCUGAAGACUGUAUGAGAAAGAUUGUAGAGUUGAAUGCCACUCUCCCUCUGGAUCAGCAUUUCUUCCCUGCCUGCAUCUGGCCACGGGACCUUGAGGACUUGCGUUUUUCCAAGAUUGGGUUUUACGUUGACUAUCGCUUGAAUGACACUUCUCCAACCACUUGGGGGUGUAAGCGCUUUGCACAUGAAGACAAGUAUGUUGCAUCAACUAUGCUGCGGAUCAAUGGACUAGUGUUUACUGGAGAUUUCCCACAUGGCCGGUCCAUGCAUGUUUAUGGUUUUGUGGCUGUGAGGGAUGAUAAAGAGCCAUUGAGGAACUAUAUCUUCAAUGUCAGCAGGGAGAAGGCUUGUCAAUUGAACCUGGAUUCGCCUUCAUUGGAGAUUAGUCCCCCCAUGCGUGGCAUCUCCGUAUGGGACAGUGCUUUAAUCGAGUUUCACUUGAAGGUUAAGGGCAGUGACAGUGAUAGUAGUUCAGAUGAUGACAUACUCAUUAACGCCUGUAUGGAGUUCGACUAUGAGACCAUUGAGCAUGACAAAAAGUUGAUAUCAAGAAUUGAUGGCCCGUUCGGUCCACUUGAUAUGCGUUAUAUCUUCUUAAAGAAUGGGAUUGAGGCCACUAUCGAUAUUGAUCUGGGCAGCACAUCUGAAGCUUAUGAUAUUUUGCUUGUAGCAUUUUCAGGCGAGGAUUCCAUGACGCUUUACAAGGACCGUGUUGGACAGCAUACCAAGUUUACAGCCGUUGUAAUUGUUCCUUUAGACGAGUUGUUACAUAUCAAAGCAUUUGGCACGUAUGGUUCGUCUCAUUUUGAUGGCAAUAUUGCUGUGCCUGUAUUAAAGCAUGGAAGCUGUAAGAAACCGUUUUGGUUUCAGUUGGCAGAGAAGAAGUCGGGGCAUAAGAAUCUGCCUAGAGCUUGCCUGGAGGUCACGUUUUCUACGAUGGGUUACUAUAACACGGGAGAGAUGUAGAACAAAUGACUGCAAGAACUGCUAUUUUGCUCUAGAGCAUUUCGUUUUCCUGGGCUGUGAAAUGUUUAAGAGUUGUGAUUUGAUACUGAAAUCCGUAAGUUGUAUUUUAACUGAAAUCGAUAAUGAUGUUUUAUCGAUCGUCAGUUUCUUUCGCUGUGAUAUGGAUGCUUGUAUGUUUUCCAAAGUUUGAGUCACCCGUUGAAGUAGGGACUGACCACAGACGGGCAGUCAAAUCUUGUUUGUCAUGAA